AAAUAUUCGAGCCGAGAUUUUAUUAUUUUGAAGAUUCUUUAUUCAUUUUUUUUUCUUCAAGAUUUUAUUUAUCCUGAUAGUAUUUAUUGAUGAAUUCCUGCUUUUUUUGGUUGUUUAUUUAUUUUCCAAAAUUCUUGUAAUUUUUAUCAAGUGAAAAUGACUUAGAUAAUAAAAAUCAACUCCUUUUAUCAAACGUACAAUAUAACGUGUUGGUCGUUUCGUUUCGUUGUGUAUCCACAUCGUUGUCAAAUUCAAAAUGGCUUCAGAUGCCAUAGAUUCAAAACAACAACAACAGACGCCAUCAAUUUCAUCACCAUCGAUAGCCAAUAAUAAUAAUAAUAAUAAUAAUAAUCAAAAAUCAUCAUCACCAUCAUCGUCAUCAUUGUUGUCGUCUGCUGCUCCUGCUUCUACUGUAGCUAAUACAAAUAGCGGUAGUUGUAGUAAUAAUAAUAAUAAUAAUAAUAAUCAUUCUAAACAUCAAACAUCAACAUCAUUAAAUCAUUCUGCCAUUAAUCGAAAUCCAAACAAUAAAAUGAUACCAGAUCCGGCAACAUUCGAAGAAUUGACUACACAAUUCCAUACAAUUCAUGUAAAUGAUACACGUUUUGAGAUUUUAAAACGUUAUGAAAAUCUUCGAAUUGUUGGUUCCGGUGCACAAGGUGUUGUUUGUAGUGCACAUGAUCGUCUUUUGGAUCGUGAAGUUGCUAUAAAAAAAUUAUCAAAACCAUUCCAAAAUGUAACACAUGCUAAACGUGCAUAUCGUGAAUUUAAAAUUAUGCAACUUGUUAAUCAUAAAAAUAUUAUCGGUUUAUUGGAUGCAUUUACACCACAUAAUACCCUUGAAGAAUUUCAAGAUGUCUAUCUAGUUAUGGAAUUGAUGGAUGCAAAUCUUUGUCAAGUAAUCCAGAUGGACAUUGAUCAUGAAAGAAUAUCAUAUUUACUUUAUCAAUUAUUAUGCGGUAUUAAACAUUUACAUUCGGCUGGAAUUAUACAUCGAGAUUUGAAACCAUCAAAUAUUGUUGUCAAAACUGAUUGUACAUUAAAAAUAUUAGAUUUUGGUCUGGCUCGUUCAUCAAGUGGUCCACAAAUGAUGACACCAUAUGUUGUUACACGAUAUUAUCGUGCACCAGAAGUUAUACUUGGUAUGGGUUAUCAAGAAAAUGUAGAUAUAUGGUCAGUUGGUUGUAUAAUGGGUGAAUUGAUACGUGGCCGAGUAUUAUUUCCAGGUAGUGAUCAUAUUGAUCAAUGGAAUCGUAUUGUUGAACAAUUAGGUACACCAAAUCAAGAAUUCAUAUCAAGAUUACAAGCAACAGUAAGAAAUUAUGUAGAAAAUCGGCCUCGUUAUCCAGGCUAUUCAUUUGAAACAUUAUUUCCAGAUGUAUUGUUUGCUAAUAGACCAUCACCACAAUCUGAUUUAAAUGCACCUCAAGCAAGAGAUUUAUUAUCAAAAAUGUUGGUAGUUGAUCCACAAGAUCGUAUAUCGGUUGAAGGUGCACUUAAUCAUCCAUACAUACGUUUAUGGCGUGAUGAAUCUGAAGUAAAUGCACCAGCACCACGUGUUUAUGAUGAUUCAUUCGAACAACAAGAACGUUCUGUUGAUCAAUGGAAAGAAUUAAUCUAUGAAGAAGUCAAAACAUAUGAACAAAAUCAUAGGAAUCAAUUAAAUCAAUGGUUACGUAAUCAAUAAGUAGAUUUCGUUUUCUUGGGAAUCAGAUUAAUCCGAAAAUUAUGGAAAAUAGCUGAAAAUUAUUUUUUCCCGAUAAUGCAAUUGUAGAGAAAUCAUACAACAACAACACUACAGCUAUUAUUUAUCCAUCAUAAACU